AAUCAAAGAGCAAAGAUGCAGAGCACUUCAAAUUACCUCUGGCUGUUGUCUGACAUUCUAGGACAGGGAGCUACUGCAAAUGUUUUCAGGGGACGACAUAAGAAAACUGGGGAUUUAUAUGCUGUCAAAGUAUUUAACAGUAUAAGUUUCCUUCGUCCUGUGGAUGUUCAGAUGCGAGAGUUUGAAGUAUUGAAGAAACUAAAUCAUAAGAACAUUGUCAAAUUGUUUGCCAUUGAAGAAGAGACAACGACUAGACACAAAGUACUAGUUAUGGAAUUUUGUCCAUGUGGGAGUUUAUAUACAGUUUUAGAGGAGCCGUCUAAUGCCUUUGGUUUGCCAGAGUCUGAGUUCUUAAUUGUUUUGAGAGAUGUGGUGGCUGGGAUGAAUCAUCUCCGGGAGAAUGGAAUAGUGCACCGUGACAUCAAACCAGGCAAUAUAAUGCGUGUUAUAGGUGAAGAUGGUCAGUCUGUUUACAAACUUACAGACUUUGGUGCUGCAAGAGAACUUGAAGAUGAUGAACAAUUUGUUUCUCUCUAUGGCACAGAAGAGUAUUUACAUCCUGAUAUGUAUGAGCGAGCAGUUUUGAGGAAAGAGCAUCAGAAAAAGUACGGAGCAACAGUUGAUCUGUGGAGCAUAGGGGUGACCUUUUACCAUGCUGCAACAGGGAGUUUGCCUUUCCGACCUUUUGAAGGACCUCGUAGAAACAAGGAAGUGAUGUAUAAAAUCAUCACUGGGAAGCCUUCUGGUGCUAUUUCUGGAAUACAGAAAGCAGAAAAUGGACCAAUUGAGUGGAGUUGGGAGAUGCCUGUUUCUUGUAGUCUUUCAAAGGGUCUGCAAGUACUGCUCACACCUGUCCUUGCGAAUAUUCUUGAAGCAGACCAGGAAAAAUGCUGGGGGUUUGACCAGUUCUUUGCAGAGACAAGUGACAUACUGCACCGAAUAAUAAUCCACAUCUUUUCACUACAGCAGAUGACCUUGCACAAAGUUUAUAUUCACAGCUAUAAUACAGCUGCUAUAUUUCAUGAGUUGGUCUACAAACAGACAAAAAUACCAUCUCAGAAUCAGGAACUGAUAUAUGAAGGUCGGCGUUUAAUACUAGAGCCUGGCAGACUGGCACAGCACUUCCCCAGAACAACUGAGGAGAAUCCUAUCUUUGUAGUAAGCAGGGAGGCUGUGAACAUUGUCGGAUUAAUCUAUGAAGAAGUUUUACUUCCUAAAGUACAUCAACGUUAUGAUUUGGAUGGGGAUGCCAGUAUGGCUAAAGCAGUAACAGGUAUCGUAUGUUAUGCCUGUAGAGUGGCCAGUUCUUUGCUACUUUACCAGGAGCUGAUGCGAAAAGGAAUACGAUGGCUAAUUGAAAUAAUCAAGGAUGAUUACAAUGAAAUGGUUCAUAAAAAGACAGAGGUUGUCAUCAGGCUGGAUUUCUGCAGCAGAAACAUUGAGAAAGCUGAGAAAAUAUAUGAGAAUUUGAUGCAGAUCAACUUGGAAGCAUCAGAAGUGGAUGAAAUUUCAGAGAUACACACAAAAUUGUUGCGUCUCUCCAGCUCUCAGGGCACAAUAGAAACUAGUCUUCAAGAUAUCAAAACCAAACUUUCUCCUGGUGGUUUACUGGCUGACACCUGGGCAAAUCAGGAAGGCAUGCAUCCAAAAGACAGAAAUCCAGAAAGGCUGCAGGCGCUGCUAUGUUCCAUCACAGAUAUUUAUUAUCAGUUCAAAAAAGACAAAGCAGAACGAAGGCUUCCUUAUAAUGAAGAACAAAUUCACAAGUUUGACAAGCAGAAGCUGUAUUUGCAUGCUACAAAAGCCAUAGCUCUAUUCAAAGAUGAAUGCGUCAGCAAGUAUGAUACAUUUUUGGACAAGGCUGAGGACUGGACAAGGAAAAUGCUUCACACAAGGAAGCAGUUACUGGCUCUCACCAACCAGUGUUUUGAUAUUGAAGAAGAGGUAUCCAAAUACCAGGAUUAUAUAAAUGAGUUACAAGAUGCUCUGCCGCAGAAAAUGUUUGCAGCUUCCAGUGGGAUGAAACAUACAAUGAAUACAGUCUAUCCAAGCUCAAACACAUUAGUGGAAAUGACUCUUGGUAUGAAGAAACUAAAGGAGGAAAUGGAAGGGGUUGUUAAAGAGCUGGCUGAGAACAAUCACAUUUUGGAAAGAUUUGGUGCUUUGACUAUGGAUGGUGGCCUGCGGAACAUGGACUGUAUUUAGCUUUCAAAGGACCUGAAGAGGAUUUGUAAAUUUUUUCAAAGGGAAAAAAAUACUGUUGGGACAUUUAAAGGCAGAGAAUAAAUCUGUAUCCAGGUUUUUUUCCCCUCUACAACUGUAGUAUUAAAAAAAUGUAAAUAUGUAUAAUAUGUAAAUAUAAAAGAAAUAUAUAUCUUUUUUUUGGUCAAUGUUAGGAUAGAAUUACUCCUGGCAGGGAAUUUAGACCCUUGGAGGAUCUCUGACGAAAUCCUAAAGGAAAAAGUGUUGUUGAUGAAAUUGACGUUUUUUUGCUUUGAAUAUUGCCCUUUUUUUCCCCGAAUGCAGUUUAGUCUUUAUUGCAAGAGGACUUGCAGAACUCUAAACAUUAUGAAUCGUCUUUAAAAGGUGUUUUGGAUUUCCUUUAACCACCACUGUUAUUUUGGAGUCUAGCUGAAUGACUGUGAUCAUCACAGAACAUGACAACUGUUUUAAAUUAGAUCUUUUUGAAUAAGUGUGAAUAGGGCCUAAAAGUGCAGAUAGGACAGAGUGGAAAUGCAUUUCUCUUUCCUUCACAUUCAAACUGUUAGUUCUCUUCUACUUGAGAAAACAAAUUCACGAUAUUUUUUUUAAGUUUCUCUCCAUAUUUGGUGCCAUGUUGUCUGUAAUCAUUUGACUGCUCUGUAUAUGGAAGUUUUGCACUCCAGGUUGUCAGACUGAACGUAAAAAUUCCUUUUUUAGAGUACAGCAUUUUCAGAAUUUCCCUGAAAUCUUGUUGCUCACCACAAGAGAAGCGGGUUCUUAAAAUAAAAUAGCUUUUUCAUAAUCCUGUUUGCAGGCAUAAUUUUUAAAAAAGGUUAAAAAUUGGUAUUAGGAGAAUUUGUGGGCAGUCAGUAGACUAGAUAGCAUCAUGCCUUAGUAGUAACUGAUUAUUGGAAAGAUAAGUUACAGGUCUAGAUCUUGAAAAGGGACCACACCCACUGCUGACUUACGACUGAGAUAUCAAACUUAGGUGGAAAAUUUAGUAAGACUGUGUAUUUAUUUUCCAGUAUCAGUAGUUACUACUUUCAGUACUACGCGAGUUGCAGAGAUGCAGAAUGAAACAGUCUGCUCCAAAAUACGUAGGAGAGGAGAAAGAGGAGAGGAAAACAAACAACAAAAACUCAGAAAAUAUCCCUUGCUUUGUUUGGAUACUACAGAUGUACUUAUUUGUUUCAGAUGAAGAGCAUGCAACUAUUGCAGGACUCAUUCUUUCCUUGUGGAAACCUGGCCAUGGAUGUUCAAUGGUGUCCAAUAUCACUUCUAAAUGCUAUAUUACAUCUGUAAGAAGAGCUGGACCAACUAUAUUUAGAAUUUUCCAUAAUUAAUGGUGAAACAUUUAGGUAUAAACUAAACAGCGGUAACCUGUGAUAGCAUCUGAUAGUUUUGUGAUGCUUAUUCCGUGCUUAUCUGUCCAGGUCAGAAUACAAAACGUUUC